AUGCAUGUUUUGUAUGAAAUGAUUUCAUUUUUUGCCGAAACCACAAAGGUACCACUACGUCUACCUUGUGCAUAUAAUGGUAAAUCAGUAUUUAAUACUAUUAUCAUUAUUAUUAGAGUUGACUAUUCUGUUGGGUACCUGCCGAUGACACCGGUCACCGUGCAGUGUGCAGCAAAUGUUCAUAGCUUCUUCGCUAGAGCUCCAAAUUAUCGAGAGCUUUCAGGGCUGACAGGUCCCGAUAGCCCCUAUUUUCUGAAACAAUACUCUUAA